AUGCCGCGAGUCGCCUCCAUCGGUGACGCAAGCCACCUUUACGCUGUGGGGCUCCUGCUGAACAAGCCUCUUCUCCCCCGGAACAGGCCUUUGUCCUCUGACCCCGUUUCUUUCCGAGUUCGCGUGGUCAGCGUCGGGGUCGGCACGCGGCCAAGCCUAGCGCAAGGAGCCCGCUCGGGAUGCAGAUCUGACAUUGAGACAGAUGAAACCACCCUGCAGCGUAGGCAGAAGCAAAUUGAUUAUGGGAAGAACACCCUGGGCUACCAGCGCUUUCUGCAGCAGGUUCCCAAGUCCGCUCGUCAGGCAGGGGUCCACCCUCAGACUCCGAACAAGCACAAGAAGUACAGCCGCCGCUCCUGGGACAUGCAGAUCCGGCUGUGGAGACGGGCCUUGCAUGCGUGGGACCCGCCCAGCCAGUGUCCUCUCGAGGGCCGCCAAGGACUUGAGAGGGCCUGGCAGCUCUCUGCAGCGGUGGAGAUGGAGACAGACCCUUUGUGUUGCCUCUCCCAUCACUGGCUGGGAGCCUUGGCUUGGCCUCCCGAAAGCCUGUCCAGAGCAGCACUAGGAGAGGCUCCGAUCCUAUCCUUGCUCUUCCUCCCAGCUGAGUUUGUAUCCUGCUGUGCCAGCCCAGCAAUGAAGCAGCAUUGGGAAUCAGAAGGUGGACUUAAUUAAUUACUAAGGAGUAAACUGUGAUUUAAACCGUCAGUCUUACCUUUGUUUUGUGUUUGUGCUGUUAGUCUUUCUUUAGAAAAAUAGCUCAUUUUAAUUGGAGGGUAACAGUUUAAAAACACAUUGAUCUGCAAUUAAAUGUAGCUGUUACACUGAAGUUGGUAUUCUUUGCUAGCCAGGAAGAUGCGCAAAAUCUGUCUGGGAUUUUUCUAAGCAAUUAUAUCUUAACCUGCACUUAUUCAAAUUCUUAAUUUUUUUAUAGUUCUUACAUUUAUGUUAGAAAUGACAAAUUAUGCAUUUUCUUGUGGCUUUUAUCAACUUGAAUGGAAAUGAAAAUACAUGAAAUUCCAUUUAAAAUGCUGCUUUUUUAUUAGCUAAUUAAAACUGCCUUAAAUAUACUGGGUAUAUACACUUUUUUAUUUUUUAUUAAAACACAUUUUCCAUUUCAAAGAAAACCCAAUUUAUUAAACAGAGGAAGAAUUAACUGUA